AAACCCCAAGAGAAUAACUAAAAAAAAAGAAGAAGAAUUGCGGCAACUCAAAACAGGACGGAAGCUAUCGACACGAGGGAGGCCGCGAAUAAUUCGACUAGGAAGUGCCUUUUUUCCGUCACAGACGGGAGAGAAUGAGAGAAGUAGAUUCGUAGAGGGGGAGAGAGAGAUAUAUUAUAUAGUCGUCUCCGCCGCAUCAGAGUUGCAACCGGACAAUCGGAGCAGAAUCCGAGUUGGACGGCAGAAUCGGAGCAGAAACAGAGACGGCAAGGAUGUCGUUGGACGGCAGCUUUCAUCUGGAAUUUGAGUUCGAGAGGUUCGUUAGUCGGCGCCCCGGGCUUGCUAAGCUCCCGCUAUUCCUUUAUCUACUAAAAAAGGGUGAUAAGGUUAGUGAAGAAGAAGUUGUAAAUGCCUUGGGACAAUUGAUUCUGCACCCGAGUUAUACAGUACCAUUGGUGGGAUGUUUUCGUCCAAUAGCACGUAAAAUUGUGGACAAGAGUGUGGAGCUGCUUCGUUUAGUGCCCAACUUGAGGUCAAAUAAUGAUGACUUGAUGACAGACUUUGAUGAAGACAGAUUCCUUAGAGAGGCUGAAUCGCAAGAUCAUGCAGAUGUUACACAUGUUGUUGAUGUUUAUGUAAGAAACGGCAAGGGUUUGAGUCUUCAUGAGUUGGCAUGUUUGGCAUUUUGUAGAGCUCUUGAUUUGGUUCCUCGUUUGAAGGAGUCAAUUUUAAGUUAUUUUAGUUUUGCUCCACCUCCUUUUGAAAGGAUCAAUCAGAGAGGACCAUAUGUUGAUGAAGCUGCUAUGGAAGGAACUUGUCUUUUAGACAUUGUAAGAGUCUCCUACCGUUUCCUUCUGGCAGCGUGUGAGUUUACCACACUAUGGAACUGGUCCUGCUUUCUGAACCUCUCUGUGUGUAAUAAUGAAGAGUUGAAGAGUAGUAUCUCUGACAUAGGAUGGUAUAGGAAACAAAUAUUAUCGGUGGUUCUGAAUUUAAGUUCAAAUACAAGUCUGAGUUCUGAAGAAGAAUUUUCUUGUUUAUUGCGGUGGCAAGAAUUUUGUCAGGAUGUUUCACUAGAGAAAGCUGGAUGGUAUAUUGAAUGUUCAAAGGAAAAAGAUGGGGAGUCUAGUGGCGAAGUCAUUGGGUUUGAUCAAGGUUACUCUGUCCCCUCAACAUUUGGUUCUCUAAAUUCACCCUCUGCUGCAAUGCAUAAAUCUUUGCAAUCAACAGAGAGCACAAGGGGAAAUGGAAAGCCCUUUACCAUAACAUCUGCUGUGAAGAAGAGUUAUGAGAUGGUCUUCUUGGCUGUGAGUCAGAGGUGGCCUGUUCUUUUAUAUGGCCCUGCUGGUGCGGGGAAAACUGCACUUGUUGCAAGGUUGGCACAGGAAUAUGGGAGCCAAGUUUUGUCUAUACACAUGGAUGAGCAAAUUGAUGGCAGGACAUUAGUUGGGAGUUAUGUUUGUGCUGACCAACCCGGUGAAUUUAGAUGGCAACCUGGUUCUCUUACUCAGGCUGUUUCAAAUGGACUCUGGGUUGUCAUUGAGGAUGUGGAUAAAGCACCACCUGAUGUUCGAUCUGUCUUAUUACCUCUAUUAGAGGGGUCAAAUUCAUUCUCCACUGGCCAUGGGGAGGUGAUAAGUGUGAAUGAGGACUUUCGGCUAUUUUCUACAGUGACAAGCUCAAAACUGGAUAUAUCUGCAGAAGGCAACAAUUCAGUUAGUGCAUUUUGGAGGAGAAUAAUGGUUGGGCCACCUAGUGAAGAUGACUUGCUGAAUAUUGUUAAUGCGUGGUAUCCAAAAUUGAACACUCUUGCAGGGAAACUUAUAGAAACAUUCAAAAUUGUCAAUGCGCUUUCAGCAUCUCAGUUAGGAAGCGUUACUGUCGAGCGGUUCUCAUUGAGAGAUCUCCUCAAAUGGUGCAAGAGAAUUGCAGGCCAAGAUUUUUUUUGGCACCAGGAUGGUCUUUCAAGUUAUGCUCGUGAUGCUAUCUUUAAAGAGGCGUUGGAUGUUUUUGCAGCCUUCUCCACUUCUAUGAACCGGGAUGCUAUUAGGGAUGCAAUAGCAAAAUUGUGGUCUGUAGAGACAUUAUGUCCAAUUAAUAAGCCUAAAUUUCAAAUCAUUUCACAGGAGAGGAAUCGAUGUCUAACAUUAAAUGUUGGUCGGGUUUCCUUAGAGUGCUGCCGGAAAAAUUUCUGCCACGAGGAUAGACCUUUUGUUCAAAUUCGCAAUUCAUUACAUGUUCUAGAGAGAAUAGCUUGUUCUGUUAAGUAUAAUGAGCCUGUUCUCUUGGUGGGGGAAACUGGUACGGGCAAAACUACUCUUGUACAGAGUUUGGCAACAAGGCUGGGUAAAAAGCUCACAGUAUUGAACUUGAGUCAGCAAAGUGACAUUGCAGAUUUGUUAGGAGGUUUCAAACCAGUUGAUGCACGGUUUGUAUGUUUCCCUCUGUACAAGGAGUUUGAGAAUCUUUUCACUAAGACGUUUUCAUUGAAGGACAAUGAAGGGUUCCUUAAGCGAUUAGGUAAGUUUUUGGAAGAUAGGAAUUGGAAGAAGUUACUGGUUGGUUUUCAGAAAGGUGUUGAGAUCAUUGGAAUAGGAAGAUCAGGCUCUGGUAUGAAGCGCAAGAGACCUUUAGGUGAGGAAGUAAAGAAGGAGUGGGAAAAUUUUUCCAUUAAACUUGAAAAGGCCCGUGCACAAACGAGUGCUUCUGCUGGAAUGAUAUUUUCAUUUGUAGAAGGAGCUUUCGUUACAGCUCUCAAGAAUGGUGACUGGAUAUUGCUUGAUGAGGUGAACCUGGCUCCUCCAGAGACCUUGCAGCGUGUUAUUGGUGUGCUAGAAGAAGAGAAUGGGUCUCUUUGUUUGACAGAGAAGGGUGAUGUCAACUGUAUUGAUAGAAAUUCCAGCUUCCGCAUAUUUGCGUGUAUGAAUCCUGCAACUGAUGCCGGAAAGAGAGACUUGCCAUUCUCACUCAGGAGCAGAUUCUCGGAAUAUUUUGUUGAUGAUGUGAUGGAUGAUGAUGACUUAACUUUGUUUGUUAAUAAUUUUAUAGAUGAAGAUCAUUCAAAUACAGAACUAGUUAGAAACAUAGUUCUGUUUUAUAAAGCAGCCAAGAAUAAAUCUGAAGAAAGUCUUCAGGAUGGGGCUAACCAGAAACCCCAGUAUAGUCUGAGGUCUCUUAGACGUGCUCUUGAUUACUUUAAGAAGGCAAAAAGGCACUUUGGAUAUGAAAAAGCCCUUUAUGAUGGCUUUUGUAUGUUCUUUCUGAUAUUGUUGGAUGAAACUAGUGCUAAGUUAAUGAACAAUUUGAUUUCUUCACAUUUGUUGGGAGGUAAACUACCUCAACAGAUCCCAUUUGACGCUUACUUGAUCAAUAAACGAACUCGAGCCUCUGUGCAUGAUGAUUUAUUGGACAGCUAUGUUCUAACAAAGACUGUCAAAGAGCAUUUAAAGAACUUGGCUCGUGCCAUAUUUAUUGGAAGCUAUCCUGUUCUUCUUCAGGGGCCAACCUCUAGUGGGAAAACUAGUCUUGUUCAGUAUCUUGCAGCAGUAACUGGUCAUGAAUUUGUGCGGAUUAACAACCACGAACAUACUGAUCUUCAGGAAUAUCUGGGUUCGUAUAUUACUGAUGCUAGCGGGAAGCUUGUUUUCCAUGAAGGUGCACUGGUUAGGGCUGUGCGUAAUGGACACUGGAUAGUUUUGGAUGAGCUUAACCUUGCCCCUUCUGAUGUUCUUGAAGCACUAAAUAGGUUGCUGGAUGAUUUCAGAGAGCUAUAUGUACCUGAAUUGCGUGAAACUGUUCGUGUCCACCCUGAGUUUAUGCUAUUUGCCACCCAAAAUCCACCCACAUUUUAUGGUGGUCGUAAGAUGCUUUCUCGGGCAUUUCGCAAUCGUUUUGUGGAAAUCCAUGUUGAUGAAAUUCCAGAAGAUGAAUUGAGUACUAUAUUGGAGAAUAAGUGUACAAUUCCGCCAAGAUAUGCUAAGGUAAUGGUUGAUGUCAUGAAGGAGCUGCAACUGCGUAGGCAGAGCAGUAAAGUUUUUGCAGGGAAACAUGGAUUCAUAACUCCACGUGACUUGUUUCGCUGGGCUAACCGUUUCAAGGUUUUUGGGAAAACCUAUGAGGACUUGGCUCGUGAUGGUUACUAUUUACUGGCUGAGAGGUUAAGGGAUGACAAUGAGAGAAGUGUUGUUCAAGAAGUUUUGGAGAGGAAGCUGAAGGUCAAAUUGUCUGAGAAUUUCUUGUACAAGCAGGAAGAAGGAUAUGGAGAAAAUUUUGAGGUUGGCAAGAAUCCGAAACUGUCAGAACACUUUGGGGGAAUUGUUCUUACUAAAAGUAUGCAGAGAUUGUACUUCCUUGUUGAGCGUUGUUACAAGCUGCGUGAACCUGUCCUCCUUGUUGGUGAAACUGGUGGAGGGAAGACGACGAUUUGCCAAUUUCUCAGUAUCAUCUUGGCAUCCGAAUUACAUAUCUUGAAUUGUCAUCAGUUUACAGAAACUUCUGAUUUUCUUGGGGGUUUUUAUCCUGUACGAGAAAGAUCACGGAUUUCCAUGGACUUCAAAGAUAUAUGUGAAAAGUUGAUGUGUUCCAAGCCUUUUGUCCACUUUCCUGGUGGUUCCAAAAUUCCUUCAGAUAUUAAUCAAGCUUCCAAGACUCUAGAAAAGAUAUCUAAAAUUGUGAGUAGUUACAAUCAGGGUUUGGUUUCCCAUCCUGAUGUGACGGCGCAAGAGCUUGAUUAUAUUAAAGAAUUGAACCUUGAAUUAGUUGAGCUACAUCAACAGUGGCAGAUGAUCUUUAGGUGGAAAGAUGGACCCCUUGUUGAAGCAAUGAAGCGGGGAGAUCUAUUUCUGGUAGAUGAAAUUUCUUUGGCUGAUGAUAGUGUGCUUGAACGUUUAAAUAGUGUGUUGGAGCCUGAAAGGAAGCUGUCAUUGGCUGAGAAAGGAGGUUCUGAUCUUGAGAUGGUAACUGCCCAUUCGGAUUUUUGCCUUUUUGCAACAAUGAAUCCUGGUGGUGAUUUUGGCAAGAAAGAGCUAUCUCCUGCCCUUCGCAACAGAUUUACUGAGAUAUGGGUACCUCCUGUUAGUGGCUUGGAUGAGCUUAAACUUAUUGCUCUUAGGAGGAUUAUUAACCCACAGCUUGGUAGCUUUGUGGAUCCCAUGUUAAAAUUUUGGGAGUGGUUCAAUAAUUUAAAAACAGGAAGAAUGCUUACUGUGAGAGAUUUGUUAUCUUGGGUUUCUUUUAUAAACACAACUGGAACAAGAUUACAACCAGAAAGUUUACUACCAGAAUCCGCAUUCCUACAUGGGGCGUUCCUUGUUUUGCUGGAUGGGCUGAACUUAGGUACUAAUAUCUCCAAGUAUGAGGCUGCUGGGUUGAGGAAGAAAUGUUUCUUAUUUCUUCUAGGGCUGCUGAAGGAAAUCAACUCAAAUUUUGAUUGCUCAAGUCUUGCCACACUGGAGAAUUAUGGUUGGUCUGACUCAGUUGCAGAUGCUGUUGUAUGCACUGAUAACAAGCAAUGUGAUACUCAUUUUGGUAUUCAUCCAUUCUAUAUUGAGAGAGGUAAAGAUAAUGUUCCUGCUGAAAAGUUUGACUUUCUUGCACCAACAACUCACAGAAAUGCAUUGCGGGUGCUACGUGCUAUGCAACUUUCAAAACCUGUUUUGCUAGAAGGUAGCCCAGGUGUAGGGAAAACCAGUCUAGUUGUUGCUCUUGGCAAGUUUUCUGGCCACACUGUCGUACGCGUUAACUUGUCUGAGCAGACUGAUAUAAUGGAUUUGUUGGGGUCGGAUUUGCCUGUGGAAAGUGAUGAAGGAAUGCAAUUUGCAUGGUCUGAUGGAAUCCUUUUACAGGCACUUAAGAAAGGAUCAUGGGUUCUGCUGGAUGAACUCAAUCUUGCCCCACAAUCUGUCUUGGAGGGACUGAAUGCUAUUUUGGAUCAUCGUGCUGAGGUUUUCAUCCCAGAAUUAGGUGUAACCUUUAAGUGCCCAACCUCCUUCAGAGUCUUUGCUUGUCAAAACCCUUCAUCUCAGGGUGGAGGACGGAAAAACCUACCUAAGUCCUUCCUGAACCGGUUCACAAAGGUUUAUGUGGAUGAACUAGUUCAAGAUGACUAUCUUGCCAUCUGCAGUUCGCUCUAUCCUUCAAUUUCAAGAUCUAUACUUUCAAAUCUGGUUUUAUUUAAUAAAAGGUUGCAUGAAGAGACAAUGGUUUUUCACAAAUUUGGCCAUGAAGGUUCCCCCUGGGAGUUCAACCUGCGAGAUGUGAUUCGUUCCUGCGAAAUAAUGAUGGGUCAAUAUGGAAAAACAAAGUUUGAUUGUUUUUUGAAUACGGUUUAUUUGCAAAGAAUGCGGACAUCAUCUGAUCGGCAAGAAGUUAUGAAGCUCUAUGAAGCAGUCUUUCAAAUGAAGCCCUCUAUAAACCCAUAUCCAAGGGUACAACUCGAUCCACAGUGGUGCACUGUUGGUAAUGUCUCCCUCCAGAGAGUUCACCAUAAGUCAUCAUAUCAUGAGCUUAAAGUCUUACCUUGUUUGCGCAAUAGCCUGGAAGCUGCGGCGCAUUGUGUAAAGCAUAAGUGGCUAUGCAUAUUGGUUGGCCCCCAGUCAUCUGGUAAAACUUCCUUAAUAAGGAUUCUUGCACAGUUAACAGGAAAUUUACUAAAUGAAUUAAAUCUUUCAUCUGCUACUGAUAUAUCUGAGCUGCUUGGAAGCUUUGAGCAAUAUAAUGCCAUCCGAAAAUAUCGUCUUGCCAUUUCUCAAGUUGAGGAUUGUGUGAAUGAGUAUUGCCGCCUGCAGCAGCUAGAGUCGUUGCCCGAGGCAUCCAUGCGAAGAGAUGAUCUUAUUGUUUUGUGGCUUGCUUUUGUAACAAGCAUUGAUUGUGUGCCUUCAAAAAAAUACAUCGAGUCUAUUCCAUUGUUGGUUAACAUUAUUGAACAUCUAAAGUCAGAUAUUGUGACAUGUUCAUUGCGUUUGUCUUGGUCAGUCAAAGAUCUGGAUGCCACCCUCACUGCAGUAAGAAAAUGCAAUGACCACUUAAGAAGGCAUUAUGCAGCAAAGUUUGAGUGGGUACCUGGAAUUCUUAUAAAAGCAAUAGAAAAUGGAGAGUGGAUUGUUUUACAGAAUGCAAAUCUCUGCAAUCCAACAGUUCUUGAUAGGAUUAACUCUUUGGUUGAGCAGUCUGGAUCUAUAACAAUUAAUGAAUGUGGAACUGUUGAUGGAAAGCCUGUCAUUCUUCAUCCCCAUCCUCGGUUUCGUAUGUUUCUCACUGUUAACCCUGCACAUGGUGAAGUAUCACGAGCAAUGCGAAAUAGAGGUGUUGAAGUUUAUAUGAUGGAGCCUAACUGGUUGUUUGAUAUAGAUUCGAAAGAGUUGCUUGAUGUGACUGAGCACAAAGAUGCAAUGAGAUUUCUUGUUCUUUCUGGUAUCCCUGUGGGUAAGUUGGUUGAUAUGAUGGCCCGCGCACAUAUUUAUGCCAAGAAUGAAGGUGCACGGUAUAACAUGAAUAUUACACUUCUUGAACUCUCACGAUGGGUACAAUUGUUUCAAGAGCUACUUACACAGGGCAAUAAGUUGUCUUGGAGCCUCCAAAUUAGUUGGGAGCAUAUUUAUCUUUCAUCUUUAGGUGAGGGUGAAGGAAGAGAUAUAGUGGAUAAUGCUAGACAAUCUCAUUUAUCUGUGGCAGAAUAUCAAAAAUUUCACUCGUUGGAAGAUUGGAUGUUACGCUGGCCUGGUGGAUGGCCAACUCCCUUGAAGUUGAGAGAUAUUAUUUAUUACUCAGAGGAGUCAUGUGUGAAACAAAAUUGUAUGUACCUGGAGUUUCUGGGGUCCCAAACCGCCUGCAAUUCGAGUCUGCAACAAACUCUACGGGCUUGUCGUUCUGUUGGAUGCCAAAUUUUUGAUCUUAAGAGCUUACAUAAGGUGAUGUUUCCUCUGGCUUCAGAGCAUCUAGAUGCACAUGAUUGUGGGAAAAAAGAUUUCAACCAGCCACUAGUUAAGAAAAUGCAACAAUUUGCUGCAAGCUGGGUACUUGAGCAGGCAACAACUGAAAGCGAUUUCAAGCUUUACCUUAAAUAUUUCAGCCAACUUGGUUCUGUAUUACAGGAACAUGGUUCUUUCUUGAAUCGGUUUGUUUACUUGUUGCGAAAUGAAAGAGAACGCCCUAUAUGGAAUCUGAUUUUUAAGCUUCACCAGGAGAUCAUGCCUCAAAAGUCAAUUGAAGUGAAGUUGAAUCCGAAAGAUCUGCUCUCAGAAGAACUUGUUGAUGUAGCUGGGCCGGAGUGUGCAUUAAAUUCUUGUUGUGAACAGCUCAAAAGUGCUACUAGGAGUGUGCGCUUACUUAUACUAAGCAAUCAACAGUGGAGCUAUGAGAAAGGCUACGCAUCCAGCAAUCCUGAUACCAAAAUCCUUGAACGUGUUUUGAGACUUGAACCUGUUUUGAGAUCCUUGCAGCAGUUUGAGGACAAAGUUCUUCAAUUGUUUGGGUCUGAGGAGUUUAUGAAAUCUCCCAACUCUGAAGUGCUUUUGUCUUUGUACAGUGAUCUUCUUGAACAUCACUGUCUGUUUUGGAACAGUGUCGUUUCACCUCAGGUUGAGUUUCCUGAUACUGGCAUGCUUAUUUCUUGGCGGUCUUUAACAAAGGAUGUCACAAAUCUGGAGAAAACUUUCAGGGAAAAAUUUCCAAAUGAAGUAGAAAAUCUGAAGAGCAAGAUGCUUACAAUUGAUGAAGACCCACGUUGGUCUGAUCAUUUGCAAAAGCCUUUGCUGUGGGAUCAUGGUGGGCAUCCAUUUCAACCAUCUACUGCUGAAUUGUACCAAAAGCGAUGUCAACUGCUAAAGAAAUGCGAAGAACUAGUUUUGCCUCAAAGGAGAAAGGGUUCUGAGUUGGGUGGGAACAAUGUGUCCAUUGAAGCUGCUGCAUUAUCUUCUAAUCCUGAACUUCGAUUCCUUGCUAUGGAAGGUGUGUGCAUGUCAUCUUAUGUAAUGGAAAAAUCUGAUGGAGAUCAUCUCAAUGUUGUUAAUCAGUUGGGAGAUAUGUGCCAGAUGCUUUCUAGAAGGAUAGAUUUUGAAAAGAAAAAGUUAGAAGAGAAUCCUUCGUCUCUUCGAGAAGAAGUGCUGCUGUCCAAUUCAUCUGCGUGCUGUGUCUUCACCCCUAAUUUGUUGUCUCUCAAGUCUGGGAUUGCUUGCUGGCUUGAGACACUGCCUUUAGCUGAUGAUAUUAGUUUCAUUCUUGAUACAAGACUACUUCAGCAUUUUUCCAACCUUGAUCAGCUUCAUGAAUUAACUGCAUUGUCUGGCCGCAUUGAGUCUACUAUGAACUUUUCAUUGAACUUUUCUUCCAGGCCUCCAACAGACUUUUUGGGUCAUCAAAAGAUUUUGUGGACAUUAGAUGCUUGGGGAUCAGUGUGUGGAGUAAGUGAGAAGAUCUCUAGUUUCAUUCUUGACAUAUGGUUUGCAUGGCAUUCUGCUUUGUGGAGUCCCUGCCAUGCUGUUACUGAGAAUAAUCCAUUGGAGGGAUUUAAAGAUGAUCUUCCACCUGAUAGGCUGUUUAAGCCAGUAAAAAUGGCAGCUGUUGAACAAAUUCUGCAGGGUAUAUUUGCUGUUAGAGACUACUCUUUGCACAGUCUAAAGCUUAGAGCUUCUUCACACCACCUCUGGCAUGGUUCUACGGAUGCUUGCAUAACUGAAUUCCUUUUAUCUACUGCUCGGUUCCUUUUCCAGCAGAUUGUAAGUGCUCACCAAAGUUCAUUUGAAGAUGACAAGUACAAUAAAAUCAAGUCUCUCUUUCCUCAUAAUUCACGGGAGAUGCUUACGGAAAAUGAUGUGGGGUACAUGAUUUCCCUCCUUACCUCCUCGAAACAUGAACAUUUUGAAUCAUUGAUCAGUCCCUUAAUUAAGCCAUUGCUGCGUGCCCUUUAUCUCCCUUGUUCAUCAAGUGAUUUUAUGCGAAAUCUAGGAUCUGCGUGGUUAUUGAUUGGUCGCUUACGCUACUGUCUUUUGACUAGCUACACAUAUUUGGAUCCCACUGUAAAAUACACUGUAAAGCUCUCACAGCUGACAGAAAAAAUUGCUUCUCUCCAGCUUGAGAAUGAGGUAAGAAGAGAGUGUACUUAUUUAUCAGGGUCCUUUGAGUUAAGAGAAGAUGACAGACAUACCAAGGUGUUAGAAGAACUCAAUACCAAGCUGAAGAAACUUCAAAAACAAAUUGUAUAUAGGCUUUAUCCUGGGAAUUUCAAGAACUUGAAAGAUGAAUGUGACGUCUUUCUCAGAGUGGUUCAGAAAUUUGCUAGCUUGAUUACAGAUGCAAAAAGUAUGCAUUCAGAGGAGAGAUCUGGUCAACUCCGAAAUUGGCAGGAGACCUCUUCAAGUUUUAUUGAGCGACUGUCAAAUGAAUAUGCUGAUUACAUUGAUAUAGUUCAACCAAUUCAGAUAUCAGUAUAUGAAAUGAAAUUAGGCUUGUCUCUGGUCUUUUCAAGUGCUUUAGGUAGAAAGUUAGUGGAGGAACUGGGGAAACAAGAAAUGGAUUCAGUUCUGGGGUCAAUAUAUUCUUUCAUGAGAUUUCCUGGUGGAUGUGCACCAAAAUUUGCUUCUGUCAAGGGUGACAGUACGCAGUACAAGCUUUCUUGGAAUGAUAUUGAGCUGCCUACAAAUGUCAACUCUAUGGACUUGCAUUUGCUUGAGAAUCUUGUUACUUCCAAAAACGAUGGCAUUACUGAUGGAAUGGUCUCUGCUUCUCUUUAUCACAAUAUUCUAGUUCGAGUAAUGCAUUCUGCUGCCGAUGCACGCUUUAUGGAUAAUUCAUCAUUUACACUUUUGGAGAAGAUAUUUGAUAAUUUUUCAAGGCGUUGGAUGGACAUGAAGCUUCAUCUGAGAAUGAAAGAAGAGAAUAAUGAUCAACUAGUUACGUUCCGAUCACGUGCUCUGAAGAUUGAAAAUAUCAUCGAUAGCGAUAUAUCCAAUUUAGAAAGUGCUGUUUCAAAUGAGAAUUUUUCAGAUUGGAAGGAAAUGUUCUCUGGGGAUGAGCUCUCUGACAGUGCAAAAACUAACACGGAAUGUGACACUCCAGAGGAUGAUUGGAACUCUGUUGAAGAAUCCAUUAUAAAUGACAUGAUCAACAUUCACAAUCAAAUAUUUGGUUCAACUGAUCUUGUUGAAAAUCCUGGAAAUAUUCAUGUAUUUGAUGCAGAUCGAUUUUCUACUUUCAUCGAGUCAUAUUCACUGGGUGUAAGAAUGACAAAAGAUUUGGAUGGUCUUUUGUGCUCAUGGUUAGAUGCUAAGGUUGUGCCAGAGCACUUGCUUCGCCUAUGUUUGGAGCAUGAACAUAUGGUCAUUUCUCCUCGUAAAUCAGCACAUGCGUACAACUUUUAUAAGGAUUCAAAUGCGCCCACUAUGGCUACUAUGGUGGAUCCUGUAACUUCUCUUAAAGAGAAAAUUCUUAUGCUUUUAAAUGAAUGGGAUGACCAUCCUGCCCUACAGAAGAUAGUUGAAGUCAUUGACAUGAUCUUGGCUAUUCCUCUAAGUGCUCCUCUGGCCAAGGCCCUGUCUGGCUUGCAUUUCUUGAUCAAUAGAGUCCACAUGUUGUGUCAGACAGUUGCCAAGUUUCCAUUGUCUGAUCAAAUGAAACCUAUUUUCGCUCUAGUAUCCUCAUGGCAUAAGCUGGAGUUUGAAUCUUGGCCUGCUUUGCUUGAUGAAGUUCAAUCUCAAUUUGAGAUUAAUGCUGCAAAGUUAUGGUUUCCAUUGUAUUCAGUACUUCAGCCAAGUAAUGCAUAUACUCCAGACAUGAUAAAAAGUUUGGAGGAGUUUCUUCAAAUGUCCUGCAUUGGUGAGUUUAGAAGGCGUCUUCAACUGCUUGUUGCUUUUCAUGGACACUUCAGUAAUUGUAUAAGCAGGGAUUCUCAAUCAAGUCAUGAGAAGAUUGUGGAAGUUCUCUACAAUAGUUUUGGAUAUUAUGUGCAAUUCUUGCCAAAGAUUUUGGACCACAUGGAUGUAUCUAGAAAGAAUGUUGAAAAGGAACUAAAAGAUCUUGUGAAGCUGUGCCGAUGGGAACGUGUUGAGGAUUAUACAGCCAUAGAGAGCUUCAGGAGAACUCGGCAGAAACUCAAAAAACUCAUACAGAAAUUUACUGAUUUAUUUCAACAAUCUGUUAUGUUUUUCAUCAACCAAGAAGUGACAGGAAGUUCAAUAAAUUGCCAAACCGUUGAAGACACACAAUUCUCAGUUGGCUUCUAUGAUAAGAGUAGGAACAUUCUUAAUGCACUAUGUGAGCAGAUUCAGUUCAUAAAGGACAGCUCUCCUUACGUGGCUGUUUGGUGGAAGGAAGUUGAGUCUGUUUCUCAUGAUUUUCACUUCAGCAAAACAACUGAAGUUGAUUUCUCUGAUAUUUCCUGUCAGAGAAAUUUGGAAGAAGUUGGAAGAAUCCUCAAGGAUGGUCUACCAUCUCAGUGUUCACAGAUAUCAUGCUUUGGUGAUUGGAAUCAACUGUGGCAUACUAUUGAUGAAAUCUGUAGAACUGUAAUUGGUUGUGCUGAGAUAUGGAAGGAUGAUGGAAAGAAGUUUGGAAGAAGAAGAGUUUUCUCAGAUUUACUAAAGGUCUUGGAAGCGUGUGGUUUAUUUAAGCACAGAUCAACAUUCAAAACGGGCCAAGGGGAAGCCAAUGCAUCAAUUUGUUGGCUUCUUCAGCCAUCCUAUGAAGUGCCGCACCUGCUCUUGACAAAAACUGGUCUUUCCUCUGGGAAUGUUGAAAAUCAUAUUUUGGGAGAGCUUCAGGGAUCUUCUUCUGAAGAUUUGAACUCUGAAUGGAAAUCAGCUAAUCAGUACUACUUCAAGAGCAUCAAAUCAAUGAAACUUUUGCAGAGUAUCAGCUUAAACUUCCAUAAGGAUUUCACUCUGGAACAGGUUGAGAGGUCAGGAUCGUUUAUUGACCAUCUUUUGACUAUUCAACAAGAGCAGCGUGGGGAUGUCUAUGAUUUUGCAAGGCAACUUAGACAUUUUAAGGAAUGUCGUUUACCUUUAGUUAACAUGUUCUCAUGCUCCUUCCCUUUUGCUUCAACUGAGAAUACUGAUCUUUGUUUGGCCCAAAAUCAGUACAAAUCUUUUACUUGCUUGUGGCAACAAAAGCAACUCUUUGAUAGCUUAUGUGUUCUGUUGCAUGAGGAGCGUCUAUUUUUACAGACAGUAGUGGAUAACCAUUUGAGCACUUGCACAAGUGUCAAACAUUCAGCAAUGAAAAUUCUUCUUUUCAUUGGAAAAUACUUUCCAAAUAUUCAAAAAACUAAGAAUUUGCUGGAUGAUGUCCUUCUUGGAGUUGAUAGAGUUACAACCACAACCAGAGGAGGAACCCCAUUGCAUCCUUGUGGCAUUACAGAACACUUGGAGAAGAUGUUAAAUCAAAACUUUGAAUUGAUAAAAACAUUUGAGAAUGACCUCCACACCUUCCGUGGGCAAAAUGUGGAUGGAGCAGCGGUUGAAGAUACCCUGCUUGGACAUUUCAGUGAUAUAUUUGACAAGGCCAACUUCAUGGCUUCACAGUUCAGUCCUGGUUAUGGUUCUUCAGAAAAUGAAGUUGAUUCCGAUUGUCAUUUAGAAAAUAUCACUGAAGUUGAAGUUCAGUUUGGUUUGUCCUUGAUGGAGACCUGCAAAUGUAUUAUGCAUGCUCUUCAUGCUAUGGGUUCACUAGGGAAUGAUCUCCCUGAUAAGCUGAAUAUUAAUAUGUGGAAAGCACUCUUGCAGUCAAAUAUAGCAAAACUGCAGCUGGACGUGAUUAGUGAUAGAUUACUUGAGACUGUCUGUCUAGCUGGAAAAAUAUUGUAUAUUUAUGACAGAAGAAAUCCACGUUUAUCUUCUCUCAUCAAAACACAUCUGAAACAUCUUUAUUCCUUGUCAAAUGCUAUCCUGGCUUUUGGGGAAGGUCUUCUGCACCAUUUUCUGGUCAUGCACAGGAUGGUAUGUGUGAUGACCCAUGUUCUAGCAGAGGUUUUUGGUUUACUAUUUUCCAAGGGAUUUGGCACUAAAGAAGACCAAAUCAAUGAGUCCAGCCAGGAUGAAACUCGGGAUGCAAGUGGUACGGGUAUGGGUGAUGGCACUGGAUGUAAUGAUGUUAGUGAUCAGAUAACUGAUGAAGAUCAACUCCUUGAGCCUUCCAAAGAACCAAAUGAACAACAGAAUUCUUUAGGUGACAUGUCAAAUGUAAAAGAUAAGGGCAUUGAGAUGGAAGAAGAUUUUGCAGCUGAUACAUACAGCGUCAGCGAAGAUUCUGUUGAUGAUGGAGAUGGUAAUGAGGAGAAUGAGCAAGUGGAAUCUGCUGUUGGGGAAACUGGUAAUCAAAGUGAAAAAGUUGAUGAAAAACUUUGGGACAGGGAAGAAGACGAAAAUAAUGAUAGCGUCGAUGAGAAGUAUGAGCCAGGGCAAGCAGUAAAAGAUAAAGGAGAUGAACGGGAACUCCAAGCUAAAGAUGACUCUGCUGCUAUUGAUGAUGAAAAGGAAGGAGCCGAUCCUGGGGCACUUGGAAAACAACCUGAUGAAAAUGGGAAUGAAGAAAGCCUCAAUGAAACGGAAGACAUGGAUUUAGAAGAACAGGAUGCAUGCACAGAUCCUACAGGGUUGAAACUUGACGAGCCAGAUCAAGGUCCAGAAAAUGAUGGAGCUUUGGAUCCAUCUGAAGGUACCGACCUCAUGGAUGAAGAUGAUAACAAUGUAGAUCUCUCUACGAAAAGUGAGAAUGAGGAACCAACUGAUCCAAUGGAUGAAACUUUGGAAGAGAUGGAUCACAAACGUUUGGAUGAAGAGUCUGGGGAAGUUCAAGAGGACAGCGAUCAUGAGAGUAACAUGAACAAGGAACCACUGGAGCCUAGGAAAGACGCAGUUCAGCCCAAGGCUUCCCAUGUUGCUGGUCAGUCUGAGCAGAAUGGUCAAAGUGCACUAGAUCUACCAGAGCCUAGAGAUGACGGUGGUCCUGAAAACUUGGAAAAUUCUAUGGAAGAGGCAGAAUGGUCUAAUAGAGGUGGACUUGAGCAUAACCUUGCUCCCGGUGGGGGCUCUAAUGCUGAUCAAGAUAUCAUGGUGGCUGGGUCAUCCAUGGGCGAUAAGUUAAGUGGUAAUAGACCUGAAACUCCAUUUCCUCUUGUUAAUUCAUCAAUUAAUAAGAAUCAGCCAAAUCCCUGUCGUAAUGUUGGAGAUGCACUUGAUGGAUGGAAAGAAAGAGUAAAGAUCUCUGUUGAUCUUGAGGAUAACAUACAGAGUACCGAUGACUUGGUAGAUAUGGAUGCAGAGGAAUAUGGGUAUACUGUGGAAUUUGACAAGGGAACAGCUCAAGCAAUAGGGCCUGCGAUGACUGACCAGGUUGACAGAAAUGCAAGUGGAAAUGAUGUUGAAGAGAAUGCUGGAACUGACGAGAAAAAAGAUUAUGCUAGUGAAAUGGAGCUUGAUAAGCUCCAACUUCAACCCCAACCUAUUGUUAGUUCUGCUUCGAAUUUCAGCAAUGAUAUAGAAAUGCAAUUGGAGAAGUUGGAAACAGAAAAACAAAUUGAACCGUCUGCUCAAGAGGAUAAGGGUUAUGAUGAUGGUCCCAGUAGUUCAUCAUUGAAUUUAGUUUCUGUGAAGAGAAAUUAUUUAAGUGAGGAUAUAAAUCAAGUCAGCAAUCUCUCUGUGAAUGAUGAGAACUUGGGUAAGGCCUGGAACCUUGAAGGGACUACUGGUGACUUGAAUGUUGCUGCUGCUCUUUGGAAAAGAUAUGAACUCCUCACAACAAGGCUAUCACAGGAGUUAGCUGAGCAGUUACGUUUGAUAAUGGAGCCUACUUUGGCUAGCAAGCUCCAGGGAGAUUACAGGACAGGCAAAAGAAUUAAUAUGAAAAAGGUAAUUCCAUAUAUUGCAAGUCAUUAUCGGAAAGAUAAGAUUUGGCUACGUCGUACUCGGCCAAACAAACGUGAUUACCAAGUUGUCAUUGCUGUGGAUGAUUCCCGGAGUAUGUCUGAAUCUCAUUGUGGGCACAUUGCUAUUGAAGCUUUGGUGACUGUCUGCCGUGCAAUGUCUCAGUUGGAAGUGGGAAAACUGGCUGUUGCAAGCUUUGGGGAAGAGGGGAAUAUUCAGUUGUUGCAUGAUUUUGAUCAGCAAUUUAGUGGAGAUGCUGGGAUUAAGAUGAUCUCAAGUUUUACAUUUAUGCAAGAAAACACAAUAGCACAUAAACCAAUGGUUGAUCUAUUAAAAUACUUGAAUGAUAUGCUUGAUGCUGCUUCACGGCUACCAACUGGAGAUAAUCCCCUCCAGCAACUCGUUUUGAUAAUAGCAGAUGGUCGAUUUCAUGAGAAGGAAAAAUUGAAGCCUCGUGUCAGAGACCUCUUGAAUAAAAAACGCUUAGUUGUAUUUUUGGUGCUGGAUAGCCCUGAAGUGCCCAUCAUGGACAUCCAGGAUGUCGAUUAUGAUUUUAAAGAAGGAAGUGUGAAGUUAUCCAAGUAUAUGGAAUCAUUCCCCUUUCCAUACUACUUGGUCUUAAGGAACAUAGAAUCCCUUCCUAGGACACUAGCCGAUUUGUUGAGACAGUGGUUUGAGCUUAUGCGGUCCUCAAGAGAUUAGCUGUGACUUUCUUUACUGUCUUGGGAGGGCAGAAUCAAGAGACUAGCUGUGCAGCCUGUGCUUGUCCACCGCCACUACUACUGAACACUGAUUCCCAUUCCCCAGUCAGUGAUGAACUUUGUCUGGCCAUUUGGUAAUUCGACAGUGAAUUCAUGGGCAUAAAGAUUUGAAUAGGGCGAUACCAUCACUCCCAAUAUUGCAUCACAGUUUCUUUGGCACAAUUCAUAAGGCACUGCAAACACAAAAAGAUUCUUUUGCUCCCUUGGGAAGGAGCCCAAAAUGCAGCAAUGUUAUUGUUCUUAGAGCAUAAUUUUGUUUUUCUUUUGGGUUCAGUGAUGGUAUAAUUAUUGUAGCUCUAAGCAAUUUUGUCAUUAAUUCAUUUGCCUUACUAUUUAAUUGGCUUUUAAUAAAAGUAAACUCUCCGUUACAAUUUCUUUUA